GCUCCGCUGGGCCCUGCGCUGAGCCAGACCAGCUGCAACGCCGUGUCCUGACCAAAGGCUCCUGGGAUGGCGUGUGGUAAGCUAGACCCCAAGCCUGGCGACCUAAUCGAGAUCAAGCGACAACUUUACCAGCACUGGGCCCUCUACUUGGGGGAUGGAUAUGUCAUCCACGUGACGGCUGAAGAUGAAAGCAUCCCACCCCUGUCAGCUGGCAGUGUGACACUAUUGACCAAAAAGGUCAAGGUGAAGAAGCAGCUCCUGAAGGAGGUGGUGGGAAAUAAUGGCUGCAAGGUCAACAACAAGUAUGACCGCUCCCGCACUCCCCUCCCAGUGAAGGAGAUCAUCCGGCGUGCUGAGAGAUGCAUUGGCAUGGAAGUGACCUAUGAUUUGCUUGAGAGCAACUGUGAGCACUUUGUGACGUGGCUCCGCUAUGGUGAGGGGGACUCCAGCCAGGUCAGGAGAGCAAUUCGACGUGGGAACUCUUUCGCUAGGAAAGUGUUCACGUUUGUACUUGUUGGUGGUGCAGCUGUGACUGCUGCUCCUGCUGGUCCUGGUGUUGUUGUUGCUGCUGCUGCUGGUGCUGCUUUGGCUGACAGAAUUCUGAAUACCUUUUUCUGGUAG